AUGCCCUGCCCUCGCCUUUCUUUCUGGUUACCGCAUCUUCCUCCGAAAAACGUCCGAUCCACGGAUGAUCCAGGAUGUGCGACAUCUGAUCCCGCUCUCCAAGAAGUCAAGCUACCGCCGAGAUCGCCGGCGGCCUUGCGGCUCCAAACGCCCGACGGCCGAACCUUGCACCCUCGCCGGCGUCGGUCUGCCAAGCGCCCCAACGAGAGCAACAGCCCCCUCACGAAUGCUCUCGACGGCGAGGAACGGCGCUCUAGGCAACGGCGCCGGCGGGGAAUCGUCGGCAAUGCCGUCAAAUCGAGUGGGGAACACGUCACGGUCAGGGUCAGGCGAAGCAUCGAUGUCGAGGUGCGCCGCGACUACCCCGUGAGCGAGAAGGCGUGGACCGAGUUCAAGGCUGGGUGCAGCGUUACAUAUGACCAAAAAAUCCGGGUGAGUGGAGACGUAUAA